UCUCUGGCCAUCACAGGGUUGUUUUGGAGGAAGUUAAAGCAGAUCCCGAAAGAGAAAAAGAAACGAGCCGUCAGUUAACAGAGGGGUAGCAACGGUUACAACACCCGUAUCGGUAUCCCCUAUUCCGGAUUAAUUCACCUUUACACUGAUCAAAACGACUCAAUCUCCCACCGCGACAGCGACUGAAGUUAUUUUUGUUUGGCAUCAUAAACAACAGUCUCGUGAAAGGACACGAUAGCAGUUUAGCUCACAGGCUAAAGCAUUAGCAAAAAUACAGACUGAUAUUCGCUACAUCUUCUCCUUUAUAAACCAGCUGUGACACUAUGACAUCAAGGAAGAAAGUUCUUCUCAAGGUGAUCAUCCUUGGAGACUCCGGGGUUGGGAAGACAUCUCUGAUGAACCAGUAUGUGAAUAAGAAGUUCAGUAAUCAGUAUAAAGCAACCAUAGGAGCAGAUUUCUUGACGAAAGAAGUGAUGGUCGAUGACCGACUUGUCACAAUGCAGAUAUGGGACACGGCAGGUCAAGAGAGGUUCCAGUCUCUGGGUGUGGCUUUUUACCGCGGUGCCGACUGCUGUGUGCUGGUGUUCGACGUCACUGCACCCAACACCUUUAAGACGCUGGACAGCUGGAGGGACGAGUUUCUCAUCCAGGCCAGUCCACGCGACCCAGAAAACUUUCCCUUUGUGGUGUUGGGAAACAAAAUUGAUUUGGAGAAUAGGCAGGUAACAACCAAGCGAGCACAGGCUUGGUGCCAGAGUAAGAACAACAUCCCAUACUUUGAGACCAGUGCAAAGGAAGCCAUCAAUGUAGAGCAGGCUUUCCAGACCAUUGCACGCAACGCACUUAAACAGGAAACUGAAGUGGAGUUAUACAACGAGUUUCCAGAGCCAAUCAAACUAGACCGGAACGAUAGAGCCAAACCAUCAGCAGAGACUUGUAGCUGCUAAGGAUCUCAAGGGGGUGCAACAUUUCACCCUCAUUCUCUCUGGCCUUGCGUCUGCCUCACUCCCUCCCUCCCUCUCUCUCUCGCGUUGUUUUCUGUCACUCCCCUCUAUUCUUCAUCUCUUCCCUGCUCUUUACUCAAUAUAAUCACUGGCCUUUGUAGACUUCUUGUCAUUCAGUAUCCUGCACAGUUUACAUUCACAGCCACAUACACACACAAGAUCAAGAGGUUAAAUCUCUCUCCCAAAAAUCGAAUCAAGAAGACAUUUUCCAGUCCCAACAAUAAGAGAAUCGCAUAAGUCCUACUGAAACACUUGAAUGGCUCUGGGGAUUUUUUUAUAUGAUCCAGUCCCGCAGUGUAAUAGAAAUGUGUGUGACAUGAGGGCUGAAAACAAAGGUGUAUCAGAGCAUUAAAGCUGUACUACCAGA